AUGUCCUCUGCUCAAGAUUACGCCACCAAGAUCUGCAUCGACAAAUUCGAUGGUAAAAAAUAUGCGACGUGGAGCCGCUACAUGCGCGGCGUGUUCCUGACCAAGUCGACGUGGUACGUAGUCAUCCGGGAGACCACCCCCGCCUUCGCUGAUCCUCGCGCUAGUGACGAGUAUGUCAAGACGAACAACAUUGCGAUCGGCUUGAUGCUGCCUCACAUGAGCGCGGAUUACCAUCACGUGGUUGAUGAGUGUAAAGAAGCGUGGGUUGCGUGGGCACGGUUGAAGACUCUCUACGGCGGAUCUCAGAAGGCGGGACGGACCUUCUUGAAGCGACAGCUGUUCAGCAUGGAGAUGGAGGAAGGCGGCAAUUUCAUGCAUCAUUGCAACAACGUUCUCAACACCAGCGCUAAGUUCAGCAGCAUCGGCGCUAAGAUGGAGGACAAAGACGUGGCGAUCCGCUUGUUGCGCAGUCUCCCCAAGAGCUAUGAGAACGUUGCUCUCAACUUGGAGAUGAGCAGCGCAGAACUGCGGUCGCAAGACGUCGUGAGAGUGCUUACGAAUGAGCACAUCAAGAGACAACGAAACACGACGACAUUGGUGAAGACUGAAGAAGCGACCAAGGCCUUCAGCACGAGCGUGAAUUCCGUCAAUGUACGUUCUGCGGAAAAUUGGGGCACGUGGUGA